AUCUAAUUAAAAGCAACAUGCAAUCCACCUAAACAUAAAUUUUCUUUGGAGUAGCAAUUUCUUGUGCCUUUUUGUUAUAUUCUAUCGCAAAAUAGAAAUCUGCAAAUAAAGGCACAAACAAAAAAAAAUUUAGAAAAACAUCUGAAUAUAAUACCUUCAGAACAAAAUAAUGGUUUAUUUUUUAUUUUUAUCGAAGUUAAUCCCCUAGUGCUACUUAAAAUUUAAAAGAAGAGACUAAAAAUUAAAGAAGCGAAUAAUAAGAUAAAAAAAUAAAUUUUAUGUUACAAAAUAAGAAAUAACAACCUUCAAUACACAAUGAAAAGCCUUAGGAUGUAUAACCUAAAGAUAAUAGUCACAUUUUGAAUCAAAUAAAUGAUGAUGAAGAUUAAUUAUUUUUUAAACUUGGUUUUCGACUAUUAAAUAGUGUAAAAGGUUGA